ACACCUUAUCGUCAACAUACACAAACAUGGCGUCAGGGCAGACACGCAAGAUGCUGGCGCUCAGUCGCUGUGCCAUAUAUCUAUUAUUAUUACUAGUUCCCGCUGCGAUCUCCUCCACACUUCGACUCCACCACGAUCAGAGAUUCGUACUACCACAGGACAGAGGUUUUUCCCUUGUGAGCGCACACCUGGAGCCUGCAGAAAGUCGCGUCGUGCGCCUGGAGAGAGAAGUCAGGGAGGCUUCAGCCGCGCAUCAGCUUCGCGUUCGGCGGAAUGCUGCUGGAGCGCCCGUGCCAAAUGUUUAUGGAAUGGCCAACCUGAAUGACUCUCACAAUCAGAUGGUCGUCCACUGGGCCGGGGAGAAGAGUGACGUCAUAGUAGCGUUAGCGAGAGACAGCGUUGGUGCCACAGACCCCAAAACCAGCUCUGUUUAUGUGUCUUAUGACUAUGGUGCCAACUUCACCCCGGUAUCAGAGAAAUUUCAGCUGCCCAGGGAGCAGGAGGACAAGAAACAGGUCAUCUCGCAGUUUUACCACAGUCCUGCCGACAACAAACGGUACCUGUUUACCGACACCACAAACAGUUAUCUGUGGAACACCUUUGACUUUUGCAAAACCGUCCAGGGUUUCUCCAUCCCGUUCAAGCCCACAGACCUGCUGCUGCACAGUAAAAGGCCGAACCUGGUCCUCGGUUACGACAGCUCUCAUCCUAACAAACAGCUGUGGAAGUCAGAUGACUUUGGUGAGACGUGGGUGUUGAUUCAGGAACAUGUCAAGUUCUACUUCUGGGGUGUAGAGCCGUACGACAACCCCACCACAGUGUUUGUCCAGCGCCACGAGCCCCAGGGAGACUCCAGCAUCCUCACCAGCACAGACUUCUUCCAGAGCGAGCAAAACCGACGCAUUAUCCUGGAGAAAGUGGACAGUUUCCAGCUACGUGACAAAUACAUGUUUGCCACCACCACCAGGGCAUUAUUGGGGAGCCACGAGUCUCAGUCUGUCCAGCUCUGGGUUUCUUACAACCGACAGCCAAUGAGAGCAGCUCAGUUUAACACCCGUCACCCAAUCACAGAGUACUACAUAGCAGACGCUUCAGAAGACCAGGUCUUUGUGUGUGUGAACCACAAUAAUAAUGUCACACACCUGUAUAUCUCAGACACACAGGGCCUGUCCUUUUCCCUGUCCCUGGAGAAUGUGCUGUACUUCAGCCCUGAUGGAUCAGGAAGCAACACUCUUAUCAGGUACUUCGCCAAUGAGCCAUUCGCAGACUUGCAUCGGGUCGAGGGGCUCAGAGGUGUGUUUGUGGCCACUUUGAUCAAUGGAUCCGUCAGUGAAGACAACAUGAGGUCCGUCAUCACAUUUGAUAAAGGAGGAACCUGGGAGCUUCUUCAACCUCCAGCGGCUGACAGUCUCGGAGGAACUAUAGACUGCCAGCUGAACAGUGGCUGUUCCCUUCACUUGGCUCAGCGAUGGAGUCAGCUGUUGAAUAUUCAGCUGCGCAGGAUCCCUAUUCUGUCCAAAGAGUCUGCACCUGGUCUCAUCAUGGCGACAGGAUCUGUGGGAAAGAAUAUGGCCAAUAAACCUAAUGUGUAUGUGUCCAGUAGUGCAGGGGUCCGAUGGAGAGAGGCUCUGGCUGGUCCUCAUUUCUACACCUGGGGAGAUCAUGGAGGGAUCCUGAUGGCUAUCGCACAGGGCGGGUCCAGCAAAACACUCAAGUACAGUACUAAUGAGGGCGAGACCUGGAAGGAGUUCCAGUUCUCUAAACAGGAGGUGUAUGUUUACCAACUGCUGACUGAACCGGGUGAGAAGAGCACCAUCUUCACCAUCUUUGGCUCGUAUGCUGACCAGAAGCACAGCUGGCUCAUCGUCCAGGUCAAUGCUAGUGAUGUGCUCGGCGUGCCGUGCUCAGAGGGCGACUAUAAACUGUGGUCUCCCUCGGACGAGAGGGGCAAUGGCUGUCUGCUCGGCAGGGAAAUGGUGUACAAGCGCCGCUCUCCUCACGCCACCUGCUUUAAUGGCGAGGACUUUGACAGGCCCAUCUCUCUGUCCAACUGCUCCUGCACACGUCAGGAUUAUGAAUGUGACUAUGGGUUUAAGCUGAGCGAGGAUCUGUCUCUCGAGGUGUGUGUGCCUGAUCCUGAGUUUUCUGGAAACCUCUACGCCCCGCCAGUGCCAUGUCCGGUGGGCACCACUUAUCACCGCAGCAAAGGGUACAGGAAGGUGUCUGGUGACAGCUGCACUGGUGGAGAUGUUGAAGCUCGGCUGGACGGAGAAAACCUGCCCUGUCCAGUGGGAGAGAGUAAUGAGUUUAUCCUGUAUGCUGUGAGGAACUCCAUCCACCGCUAUGACCUGGCCUCUGGCACAGACCAGCAGCUGCCUCUCACGGGUCUUCACGAGGCUGUGGCACUGGACUUUGAUUAUGAGAAGAACUGCCUGUACUGGGCGGAUAUUUCGCUGGACACCAUACAGAGACUGUGUAUGAAUGGAAGCUCUGGACAGGAAGUGAUUGUCAAAAGGGACUUGCAAAAUGUGGAGGCGCUGUCGUUUGACCCCAUCAGCCGAUUGCUUUAUUGGGUGGAUGCAGGUGCACAGAAGAUUGAGGUGUCCAACUCUGAUGGAGACCUGAGACGCACUCUGGUCAACUCUUCAGUGGUGGACCAGCCUCGAGCCCUGGCACUCAUGCCAGCAGAGAGCUUGAUGUUUUGGACAGAUUGGGGUGAUCGUGCAGCAGGCGUCUACCGCAGCUGGAUGGACGGCUCGAACAUCUCCUGCAUUGUGUCAGAGGGAGUCCGCUGGCCUAAUGGCAUUACAGCUGAUGAGUCGUGGCUGUACUGGACAGAGGCAUAUGGAGACCGCAUUGAACGAGCUGAUUUUAAUGGAGGAAGCCGCACUGUCAUAAUGGAGGGCCUGCCUCAUCCUUACGCUAUUGCUGUUUUUAAGAAUGACCUGUACUGGGAUGACUGGUCCAGAAUGGGAAUCUUCAAAGCACCGAAAUCAGGCUCACCGGACAGUGAGUUGAUAGUGGGCCGCCUAACAGGAGUAAUGGACCUCAAGAUCUUCUACAAGGGAAAAAACAGAGGUCAGAAUGCCUGCGCAGAUCAGCCAUGCAGUCUUCUGUGCCUUCCCCAGCCUGGAAACCAGCGUCACUGUGUUUGUCCCGAUGGGGUUCCCACCAGCGUCCUGCCCUCAGGAGAGCGUCAGUGCCAGUGUCCCAGCGGAUACCAACUACACAACAAUACAUGUGUCAAGACAGAGCACACAUGUUUGCCAAACCAGCACCGCUGCGCUAACGGGAAGUGCAUUAGCAGCAUCUGGAAGUGCGACAGUGACAAUGACUGCGGCGACAUGAGUGAUGAGCAAGAGUGCCCCACCACUUCCUGUGACCCUUCAGUGCAGUUCCGUUGUGUAGCUUCAGGUUCCUGUAUUCCUCUGGCCUUCAAGUGUGACCAUGAGGACGACUGUGGGGAUAACAGUGACGAGGAGCAUUGUGAGUCUCACAAGUGUGGACCAGGAGAGUUCACCUGUGCAAGAGGCGCUUGUAUUCGGGACGCAUGGCGCUGUGAUGGGGACAACGACUGCAGAGACUGGUCAGAUGAGGCCAACUGUACUGUGGGUCACCAUACGUGUGAGAGCAGUAGUUUCCAGUGUCACACUGGUCACUGUAUUCCUCAGCGCUGGGUCUGUGACGGAGAUGACGACUGCCAGGAUGGCUCAGACGAGGACCCUACGCAGUGUGGAAGGCAAAAGUGCAAUGGCUUCUUAUGCUCGAAUGGCACCUGUCUGCCUGCAAGUGCUCACUGCAAUGGUGUUGAGGACUGUCCAGGUGGCGCUGAUGAGCAAAACUGUGGUCCACUCUGUGCACACUAUAUGGAGUUUGUGUGCAGAAAUCGAGCGCAGUGUCUGUUUCAGUCUCUGGUUUGUGACGGGACCCGGCACUGUGCUGAUGGUUCUGAUGAGGACCCCAUUUAUGCUGGAUGCUCCACUAGUGUUGAGUUUGAGAAAACAUGUGACGGCUACAACUUCCAGUGCACCAAUGGGAUGUGUGUGACGUUGGAGUGGAAGUGUGACGGCAUGGACGACUGUGGUGACUACUCGGACGAGGCCAACUGUGCAUCGCCGACUGAGGAGCCAGGCUGCACGAGUUACUUCCGGUUUGAGUGUAAAAACGGCCGCUGUGUGCCUGCCUGGUGGAAAUGUGAUGGAGAAAAUGACUGCGGCGACUGGUCUGAUGAGUCUCAGUGUUCAGGUGGCGAAGCUCUUCACACACCUGCACCGGGUCCUGCUACCUGUGCUCCUAAUCGUUUCCGCUGUGGUUCUGGCGCAUGUAUUGUGGACACCUGGGUGUGUGACGGCUAUGCGGACUGUCCUGAUAGUAGUGAUGAAGCAGGCUGUCCAACAGUGAAAGGCUCUGUGACUUCAGUGACGACUCUUCCUCCAUCGGGCCGCUGUACUAAAGAUCAGUUUCUGUGUGUGAAGCCUCCAGCAUGUAUUUCAGAUUGGAAGCGCUGUGAUGGUCAUUCUCACUGCCUGGACGGAUCUGACGAGGCCAACUGUCCCACUCAUGGCCCUCUGCUCUGUGCGAAUGGUACGCGGUGUGCAGACGGCGAGGCCUGUUUGCUGAACAGCGAGAGGUGUGAUGGUUUUAUAGACUGCUCUGACCGAAGUGACGAGCACAACUGCACUGAUGAACAGCAGGUCUACAAGGUUCAGAAUCUACAGUGGACUGCCAAUUUCUCUGGAGCUGUCAAGCUUACAUGGACAAGGCCUAAAAAUAUGCCUACAUCCUCCUGUUCUUUUGUCAUCUACUUCAGGCCAGUGGGUGUACAACAGUGGACGUCAAUAGACACAAACAGCAAUAAGGGUAGUGCCGUUCUGACCGUGUUGAUGCCAGACACCACAUACAACGUGAAGGUUCAGACUCAGUGCCUUAGCAAACAGCACAGGACCAAUGAAUAUCUUACUCUGCGCACUCCAGAAGGAUUGCCAGACCCUCCGCAGAGCCUUCAGUUGAGCUGUGACAAAGCUGAUGACGGGACGGUCCUGUGUUCCUGGAGCCCUCCUGAUAAAACACAUGGACACAUCAGGGAGUAUAUUGUGGAGUAUAGUGAGAAGGACAGUGCAGAGUGGUUUUCUCUGAGUAGCACCAGCACUAACGCAGAAGUGAAGAACCUGCAGCCCAGCUCGCUCUACAGAUUUAGGGUGGCUGCCGUCACAAGCAGAGGCGUUGGAAACUGGACAGAAAUAAAGUCUAUUAUUCCUCAAAAAGCGCUCUCUCCACCUAAAGUGACGAUCACCAGCAUCACAGAAGACUCAAUGAGUUUGUCCAUCUCUAAUGAUUAUAAGGUGAAGGUGAAGCUCUAUAUUGUAGUAAUUUCUUGGGUAUUUGAUGAACAUGUUAAGGAGAGCUGGAAUUACACGGUCCCAGAAACACUGAAAGUCUCUAACCUGACAGCAGGGACGGAGUAUGAGGUGGCGGUGUGGGCUCACACUGAUGAUGGAGACAGUCCUACAGCCCUGUCCCGCCAGCAGACUAAAGGCAGCAGACCUGUCCAACCCUCACUAAAGGCCAGAGCCCUCAACCAGACUGCUGUAGACUGCAACUGGACUGGCCCGCCAGCAGAGAUGUACGCUGUGUUCUACGCAACCUCAUUCCUGGAUCUGUUUCGCAGACCUCACAGGGUGAACAGCACAUCUAGCAGUCUAACUGUGAUUGUUGACAGCGAUGAGCAGUACCUUUUCCUGGUGCGAGUGGUUUCUCCAUACAUGGGUCCUCCAUCAAACUAUGCUGUAGUGAAGAUGAUCCCAGAUGAGCGCCUUCCACCUCGUAACCUGCACAAAGUGCGAGUGGAUAAAACGCAGGCCACUCUGAAGUGGCAGCCGCCGUAUGAUUCUCCCAGCAGUCCUUUGACAUAUGCUGUGCAUGUGAGAGAUACAGUUCGAAAAACCGAGAGCGACUAUAAAGUGAUCACUCAGAAUAACACAGUGGAGUACACACUGAAGGGCCUGGAGCCGGCCGGACGCUACAGCAUCACCAUCAGACUGCUCAACAUGAGCAAAGAAGCCAGCUAUACACUCAGCACAGUUCCUCUGCCUGCACCUGAGGCCCUCAAGAUCUUAGAAGAAGAGGAUCACGUGUUUCUCUUCUGGAAGAGUCUGGCUGUGAAGGAUCGCACCUUUAAUGAGAGCAGGGGCUAUGAGGUGUAUGUGCAUGACAGUGUCACCAACUCCACCAAGUGUUUAGGCAACACAACAGAGACGUUCUUCAGAAUCAACAGCCUGCUGGCAGGUCAUAACUACACGUUCUCGGUGCGGGCGCGAUGUCUACUCAGCAACCAGCUUUGUGGAGAGUCAGCGGUGCUGUUAUAUGAUGAACUGGGCAAAGCAGCAGGGCAGAAUGAUGCAGCGUCUCAGUCGGGUAAAUCGGAGGACAUGGCAGCUAUUGUGGUGCCAGUGUUGUUCCUGCUGUUAGUGGGUGUGUGUGGAGGCCUGGUGGUGCUUUACCUCAGACAUCGUCGCCUACAGCACAGCUUUACCGCCUUCGCUAACAGCCACUACAACUCUCGUCUGGGCUCUGCUAUUUUCUCCUCAGGAGAUGAGCUGGGUGAUGAUGAUGAAGACGCUCCUAUGAUCAGUGGUUUUUCAGAUGACGUCCCGAUGGUCAUUGCGUAGCUGGACAAACCUUUCUCUUCUCCUCCUUCACUUUCACUCCACAACCUUAUCAUAUUUUCUUAUGUGCUCAUCCGGCACACCUUCAAGCUACUCAUGACCCCUGUCACUUAAAAAAAAAACGCUGGAUUUGGGUUUCCGGACCCACAGGAAGACAAGAAAGCAUGGAGCGAAAGAGAUAUUUUUGAAUAUAAGAUGCACUUUUUUCGGAUGCGCAAUAACUUAUUUUUUAUAUAUAAUAUAUGUGGGUAUUGGACAUUGUAGGCAUUAACUGAAGCAAACUGUGAAGGAGUUGGUCAGCUGAUCAGCACAGACACACCGACCCAACAAGGAAAAGACCCUUAUUGUACAACAAAGUCUCACACGAGCAUUACAUUUGCUUAAAGCCAAAACAAGCACCUAGAUAUGGGUACAUCAGUGCAAAAACACACACAAAAGAAGAGUAAAAAAAACGAAAAAGCUAACCUCACAUGUGUACAGAUGAAAAAACGGACCAAUGAAUGCUGACGAAAAGGGAAGCCGGUACAUAGGCUGUUGACAGUAAAUUGCACAGGAUCAGAUUUUUGUUCGCAGAUGCUCGAUUUGUGUCACUUUAUGUCAGUAGACCUGCAUUUGUCCAUGGUACCUUGUUUACACUUUGUAUCCAUUUGUUAAUUUCCACCCUCAGCAAUAGGUUGAAUUGAAAACAUAAAAAUCAUGACCUAUUUUAGUUGCUUCAUCAGCUGUUUUUGGAAAACAAUGACCAACAUUAAGAAAGUGACAGUUAUUUGAUUGUUGUCCACAUGCUCGGUCCACAAAAAAAACAUCUAAUGUUCACCAUCUGCUUGUUUUGUUUUUCCUUUAUCGUACGCAUUUUAUCUAGCAAAAAAUAAUCUUGCAUAUCCUGUGUGCUGCCAUGGUUUUAGUCCUUUAGUGUUCUCAGGGAACUGGAUUAAUGUUGAUGUACCAGCGAUAUCAGUCACACUGCCACAGGCAGCGCAGUGUGUUGAACUGGUAGACUGUUGCGCUUGACAGUCUCUCCGUGAAGCCUGUGCAGAAGCUUCAUCCUAGUCUCUUGUGCCAAGCUUAAGAAAAGCAGAGGGUAGAGCAAACGUCUUGCCUUCCCGAACGUUGUGAAGAGGUACAUAUGUUAAAUUCAUGUUUUAUUUUAACUGGAUUGCGGGUGUUACUGAACAGAUUUGUUUAUGAAUGUAUUUUUUUUCUUGUUUUCUAUUCUCUUGUAUUGAGAUGUCCAGAAAAAGACAAAUGCUUGUAAUCCACCCCCUACUUUUUCAAGGAUUUUAAAUGAGGUUUAUGGCCAGUUUACAUUCAAAUGCUUAUGGUCAUUAUUAUUAUCCCAUUGUUAAUUGACAAUAACCAAAACAUUUUAGUGAAGCCGUUCCUUUCGCUACCACAUUGCCUUAUUAUGAACACACUGAGUAAAGUAUGUAGCAGUAUGUCAAUGUGAUCACACAUGCACACGCUCACAGAAAACUGAAAGGUGUAAAAAGACUGUAUAAAGACAGGAGUAGUGUGAUAGGAAAUGUAUCGACAUAUUGUGAAAUGACCACUGUAUAAUGUUUUAAAAGUUCCAGUGCAGCACUUGUGUGAAUCCUGAGCCACCGUUUCUUUAUUUUGUCUUGUUUGUGUUCUUUACUCGCAACCAUUUGUGGCAAUAUUUGUCAUGCCCAGUUUGAAACCCAUUUGUUUUUUGGUCAAUAAGAUGUAAAAGUUUUCGCGUAGCAGUGACUUUGGACACCGCCAUGUUGAAAUUUUUGAUCUUGCCUGCCUACUGAGGGUUUUAAAGAUACAAAUAUUUUAAGUGGUACAGUCUGAGAUGUUUUAUGAAUCACUUAUGCUGAAAUAAAUGUGGAAAACUGGUGAA